AUGCAUUGUUCGUCUCCCAAAAUGGUUUGCGAGACUAAGAUUGUUGCGGACGAACACGACGCUCUACCCGCCGCCGGGACCAAAAGAGAGCCCAUGAUGUGGAGCUCUCCGCCCGCCGCCGGCGCGGCCCCGAGCCCCGCCGAGCUGGCGGCGAAGGAUGCGGGCAAAGAUGCGGUUUUUAUCCGCGAGUUUGAGCGCGCGGACGAAAAGGAGGCGCUGCGCAUCUUUCACGAGGGAAUAAUGGAGCGGAUACCCAACACUGCGUUCAGGGGGAUCUGGCAGCGGCCCAGGACUCAGUUUUUAUAUGCUCUUCUGACAGUAUUGUGCUUUUUCGUGACCAAAUCUGUCACGCUGACCUGCUGUGCCCCCCUCAUUCUCAUGGGCGCACGCUACUACUACAGCAGGAAAGUUAUCCAGAGUUAUCUGGACUGUGCUCUGCACACGGACAUGGCUGACAUAGAGGCGUAUUACAUGAGACCCACAGGCUCUUGUUUCUGGGUGGCAGUCCUUGAUGGACGUGUGGUGGGCAUCGUGGCGGCGCAAGGUCACGAGGACGACAACACCGUGGAGCUGAGGCGCAUGUCAGUGGACUCCCGCUAUCGUGGUAAAGGCAUCGCAAAGGCCCUGGGUCGUCGCGUUCUAGAGUACGCUGUCCGCAACAACUACACCGCCGUGGUCCUCGGAACAACCGCCGUCAAGCUGGCUGCCCACAAGCUGUACGAGUCGCUGGGCUUCUACAGGACGAGCCAGAGCGAGGACCACCGGCUACCUGGGAUGAGCCGCUCGCCGCUGGAGAGGCUCUUCUUCCAGAUCCGCCACAGCCGCUACCGCCUGCAGCUCCACGAGGAGUAAAAAAGGUGACGGGGAGAAAAAAGAUGGAGAUGGAAAUGGAGGAAAAAAGGGACAAAGAAAGCAAAUCCCUUCUUUACCUUAGAGCCCCAGCUGCAUCCUCUCCUCUCAGCUUUUAUUUAUUUUGUGUCCUUAGAGAAAUCUUUGAGUAACACUUUUACUCUUUCAUUGUAAAGUCACUAACAUUUUUUUUA